AUGUCAUCUGAAGCAAAAACACCAACAGAUCCAGGCACAGAUAAAUUAAUGACAACUUCUGCAAUUUCACUUUCAAAUGAUACAGAAAAUAAUAAUAUUAGUCCAACAAAUGCAGCAACACAAAAUAUAAUCUCUUCUUCUAAUAAUACGCCUGGAAAUCGUCAUUCAAUGAUUGCCGGAAUGCAAAAAAUAUUAUUUCCUGGAGGGAAAUUGCCUUUACAACAACCAGGCUCUCAACGUAAUUCUACAAUUAUUAGUGGAGGAAAAUUAGCAGAAGCUUCGACAAAUGUUGAACCAAAAAUGACUGAUUUCGAUAAUAAUAUUAGUGGUGGUGGGGGAAUAAAUAAACAACAAAAUAAUAAUAAAUUAUUGGCUUCUUCUUCAAUUGUUACUGCACGAACAAAAAUUGUGCCGUCAAAUAAACGUCCGCCUUCUAAAGUGAAUUCUGCUGCUUUAUUAGCUGAAAAUACAAGAGAUUCAUUUGACAAUAACAACGAUACAAAAAUAUUAGAAAUGUCAUCACCAACAUUUACUAGUACUUCUAAAACAACACAAUCUUCUACUUCAAGUCCUACAACAGCAACAGGAAUAAAUAAUAAUAUUAAGACUACAAGUGUUUUUUCAGCUAGUUCUGGAGAAGAAACUAGCCAAUCUCAACAUCGUUAUGUGCCACUUGCAGAAAGAAUUAGUUUUCAGCCACCAAAGACUGCUUUAAUUACUAGCCAUGUUCCUUCAAUUUCUACACUCAAUACAACAUCAGCAACAAAAGAAAUGUCAACAAUUCCAUUAUCUUCGUCACCAGAAUCUGCCAUUUCCAACAUUACUGAUCGAACAACAGGUGGAGGAAUAUCUUUAUCUCAAACAACUCCUUCAACUUCUCAAUGGGUUUCUCGUGCUGAUUUUGAUCGUUUUGCUGAAGAAUGUAAUCGAAGAUUUUCUGAAAUGCAUGCUGAAUUGAUUGAAUUACGUCGAAGAGUUGAUCAAAAUAAAUGA